AUGGAAAGUGCAACUAAGCUAUCAUGGGACUUCAAGAAGCCUGACUGGUCUAGAUUCACUAACCUUUUAGACAAUGGAAGUCCCCUCAACUUCAACCAACAUCCUGACAAACUUUGCACUGAUAUCACGAAUAUUAUGAUCAGAUGUGCAAAAAAAACUAUUUCCAGAGGCAAGACUAAACACGAUCGAGUGUUUUGGUCUAAACACCUUGAGGAAGUGAAGAGUAAGCGGGAGGCCCUUCGCAACACUGCUGAUCAGACUGGAAGAACGGAAGACGUACAAGAAUGGAGACGACAAUCAGCUGUCCUAAGGCAAGCCAUCUUACAAGUAAAACGGACUUCCUUCGACAAGUUCAUCUCAAAUAUCAACUAUCAAAGUGAUAGCAAACGCACUUUCAAUUUCCUG